AUGAGUGUCUACCUACCGGUGAUUUCUGUCGCCGAAGUACAGCAAGUUCGAGCCUUGGUUCACGCUGGCCCGAAUAGCUCCAAUCCAGCUGGCCCCUCACGUUCGCGACCAUCUAAAUCGGACUCAUCCAAACUGCGUCGUGCUGUUGUUCAACGUGCUUCUCCCAGUCCCGGUGCACUCACGAAUACUUCUCCCCGAUCAGGUACGGGUGCAGCGCGAGCCAAGUCGACGACAACGGUGAGCGCAGUACCUGGAAAGCCCAACGAUCGCAGUCCCGGACGAGUGUCAUAUCGUGGGUCUGAAGCUCCACGUGUAACGGAUUGGACCAGUACGGGCCAACUGACGAGUGAAGCUGAACUAUUGCUUAGCUUGGAUAAAACAUGCAUUUUCUGUGGGGAGCGCAACGAGCUAUUUACCGAAGAAGGUUUGGAUUUGCAUUAUUGGAAAGAUUGUCCAAUGUUGCAUCGCUGUGCCAACUGUAAACAGGUGGUAGAAAUUGCUGGAAUGGUGGAGCAUUUAUUGCAUGAAUGUGAAGCUGCACCCCCGGGACACUAUGUUCGUUGUUCACGGUGCUCCGAGGCGAUACUGCAUUCGGAAAUAGACACACAUCCUUGUUUUCCUACCGUAGCCGUUGGAGCGCAACUUGAAUCCCAUAUCCGUUGUCCGCUCUGUCAUACUGACCUUCCUCUUGUGUGUCCGGGCACGGCGACUAGCAAUGCAAUCGCACCUGGCGGUCCGGAAGACGUUUGGAAAUCACAUUUAUUGGGCGGUGACCAGUCCGAACUGCCGCAAUGUACACACAAUCCUCGGCGUCCAGCACGAACGCAACAACAGGCUAUACAUAUCACUACAAAUUCGAACAAAUCCUCAAAUGUGUUGUCCAAGCCAACCCGAUUGUCCACAUCUCCCCGCCCAACCGCGAAUAGGCGCUCUCCCCCGCCAAAAUUGGCUGCCGGACCAACAGGAUCCACAAAACAUCCGGGUGAUUACUUGAUUAUAUUGUGUACAUUUUCCCAGAAAUCGGGCAUUCCACGUCCCACGCAUCCCACGCACGUUCGUCCCGUUUAA